CCGUCUCUCCACCCGCCUUCUCAGCAUCUCCAAACGCGUUGCCAUCGCCCUCGCUCAGGGCAUAUAAAACCUAAACUCUCUGCCACUAUUUACUUCCAAAUUCUGAAGACGAAAACAGGGAAAUCCGAUUCAGUUCCGGGAUUGCAUCGAGAGCAAAAUGGGGAAUUGUGCAGGGGGUCUCAAGGACUCACAGGCCACGAGGCCAGACGCCAAUGGAAAUCAUUAUCAGAAUUUUAAUCAAAACAAUCAGCAGAAAGAAGAGGUGAGGCGAAAUGGGCUGGGAGGCAACGCCCACGACCAGGUACAGUCGGGGACGAGCGUGGGGUCGGCCGGCGGCGCGCCGCCUUCGCCCCUACGGCCGCGUCAGGCCGUGAAGCCCAAGCCCAUGGGAGCUGUCCUGGGCCGCCCAAUGGAGGAUGUUCGGGAGACUUACACGAUCGGGCGUGAGCUGGGGCGCGGGCAGUUCGGCGUGACCUACUUGUGCACGCACAAGACUACGGGCGAGCUCUUUGCCUGCAAGACCAUCGCGAAAAGGAAGCUGUCGAAUAAGGAUGAUGUCGAGGAUGUGCGGAGAGAGGUGCAGAUCAUGCAUCAUCUUACAGGGCAGCCCAACAUUGUUGAGCUCAAGGGCGCCUAUGAGGACCGGCACUCGGUCAAUCUCGUCAUGGAGCUUUGCGCUGGUGGGGAGCUCUUUGACCGUAUCAUUGCCAAGGGGCAUUAUACUGAGCGGGCUGCCGCCACGCUCUGCAGGACUAUUGUCCAGAUGGUGCACACCUGCCAUUCCAUGGGGGUCGUCCAUCGCGAUCUGAAGCCUGAGAAUUUCCUCCUCUUGAAUAAGGACGAGAAUGCGCCUCUCAAGGCCACCGAUUUUGGCCUCUCUGCUUUCUUUAAAGAAGGUCAAGUAUUUAGAGACAUUGUUGGCAGUGCAUACUAUGUGGCUCCCGAAGUCUUAAGGCGAAGCUAUGGACCAGAAGUAGAUGUUUGGAGUGCAGGGGUGAUACUGUAUAUUCUUCUUAGUGGAGUUCCCCCUUUUUGGGCAGAGACAGAGCAAGGUAUAUUUGAUGCAAUUUUGCGUGGGUAUAUUGACUUUGAAACUGAUCCGUGGCCAUCAAUAUCUAGUAGUGCCAAGGACCUGGUAAAAAAGAUGCUAAAUUCUGAUCGCAAAGAGAGACUCACAGCACUUCAAGUUUUAAAACAUCCCUGGAUCAGAGAAGAUGGGGAAGCUCCAGAUACACCAAUUGAUAGUGCAGUUUUGACUAGGAUGAAGCAAUUUAGGGCAGCAAACAAGCUUAAGAAAGUUGCUCUGAAGGUUAUUGCUGAAAGACUGUCAGAAGAGGAAAUAAAGGGUUUGAAGGAGAUGUUUAAGAAUAUGGACACUGAUGGCAGUGGUACUAUAACUUAUGAAGAAUUAAGGACAGGUCUUGCCAGACAGGGCUCAAAAAUCUCCGAGGCUGAAGUCCGGCAAUUAAUGGACGCUGCUGAUGUUGAUGGGAAUGGGACAAUUGAUUAUCUUGAGUUUAUCUCAGCUACAAUGCAUAUGAACAGAAUGGAAAGAGAGGAUCAUCUGUAUGGUGCCUUCCAAUAUUUUGACAAGGACAACAGUGGGUACAUUACAAAGGAUGAACUGGAACAAGCCUUGAAAAAAUAUGGAAUGGGUGAUGAGGGAACUAUUAAGGAUAUAAUUGCUGAGGUUGACGCAGACAAUGAUGGGCGAAUAAAUUAUGAUGAGUUUUCAGCAAUGAUGAGAAAAGGAAAUCCAGAUAACAAUCCCAAAAAGAGACGUUGACCUAAUCAUAUGCCGCUGCUUCUAAUCAGAAAUGCUUACCAAGCGAACUAUUUGUGUACAAUGACAUCUUCCUAUGAUGGAUCUUCUUUUCCUUAUGAAAUUUCCCUUUCGAACAAUCAUUAGAUGAAUGUGUUCAUAAAAUUUCCAGGGGAAACAAGAUUUUACAGACAGCAGGAUUCAUCUACUGUCAAUUUGAUAUUCUGUACAGUGUUUUGGUGGAAUUGCUGAAGACUGUUGCAGGACAGAUGUUUUCUUCUCAAUCUAUCAGCUGUCUGUCUUGUUUAUUGUGGGAGGAUACUUUUAAACCAAGGAAGCGGCAGGAGCUGUCCAUCAUAUUUAACUUGAACCUCAAAAGACCUUGAAUACUUGUUGAGGUGUUAUCUGUUGUUAGAUUGCUAUUGGCUUGUUAAGUGUGUUGUAAUUUUACAUUAGAGGUGGUUGCUUCAGAAAGGGCAAAGGUAUCUUACAGAUUGUUUUUAUCUCUGGGCCAUGAAAUAUGAGGUCCCCAUCAUAAUUUAGUUUGAUGUUGUAGCAUAUAGACUAGUACACUUAUCUUGAGUAGUUUGGAAGAAUAAUUAGUUUCAAGGGAUUGGAAAGCUCAGGUUUGCUGCGGAGGUAAGAUUUGUGAUCUCUUGAUAUUGGUUUUACUCCUCAACUUUUCUGGCAAUGUUCUAUCCGACUCUUUGCUGGGUCUUUCAAUGCUUUGUCUUGAUCAAGAUUUUGUUCCUUAAUCUGAAUACUUGUUAUGGAAGUUUCUAAUCGAUAAUAGAUCAAGAACUUGCAAUUUCAUCUUGGAUUAGAAGGAUUGCAAGUUGGAAUUGAAUA